UUAUAUAUAAUAAUAUUAUUUUAACAUGUAAACAAUGUUUAGUUGACGCCGACACGACCGCUACGUUCAGAGAUGGAGAAGGAGAAGAGAUUGAGCCGUCCGGCCAGUGGACAGUUUGCCUUCAACAACCAGAGACUCACAGCCGUCAAUGGGUCCAGCCGAGACUCUAUAGGGACGACAGAUUCUACCAACAGUGAAGAAGACAAUACCCCGCCACCACUGCCUGUCAAACUUCGAGAGGCAGACUACUGCAACCUGCCAGACGACAGCCCUGUCAGCCCCUCUCCCCCCACUACCACCCCUCAUACCCCAGUCAGACCUAAGCCUCCACCCCCGGAGCCGACAGACAGGGUGUUGCCCCCCACGCCUCCGCCCAAACGCCCCCACAUCAAGCCUCCGCUCAGCAUGCCUCUCGUAUGACUGACUGCCAUAUUAUAUUACUAGUGACAAUUUAGAUGUAGCUUAGGUUAAGACGAUACUUCCUUCCUAAAGCUUCCUGUCUCAGCUUAAAACUGCCUCUCUCUUUUAAUAAAAAACACUUAAAAUUUUUACUAGGCAAAGUUAUUUAUUUGCUAGACUUAAACAAAGCUGUUGACGGAUUAAAUGUACGGGAGACAAUAACUGCUCAUUGCUACUUACCUUGAUGCAUUAUAAUUAUUGUUGAAGCAGUACUCUAAAACUUGUCCUGUUUGGUAACUGAAACAGUAUUGCAUAGAACCGGUUUUACUUACUUUAUAAGGGUAAUUUGUAAUUUAGUGUGGAUUAAACGUAAUCCAGUAUUACUGUAUAUACUAUUUACAUAACUUACUAUGUAUCCAUUGAUUAAAUCCACUCAUCCAAAUGUUACUGUAACAUGUCUGGUCAUUUCAAAUUAGUGAUAACAUUAAUUAUUAAAACGUUUGGAAUUUUAUUGCAAUGACUAAAUGAAGCAAUAAAUAAAUACAAGUCACAAAAAUAAAAGAUUAAAGUGAUAUUGAUAAAAAUAUGUAUAGUUUUCCAAAAAAAUUUUACAAUUGUGACUAGUUCUAAUACAGUAAAUACAUUUUUAAUUAUAUAAUAGACCUUAAUAUAUUAAUUUUAAUGUUUUGAUUUGGUUCCAAUGUUAUUAUUCUUCUAUAACAUUACAGAUAAAAUAAUUUUGUUUAAAAGUUUAAGAUGCUAAUUCAUUGUUCUAACAAAAAGAUAAAAUUUAAUAUUUGUUUGGGGCCAAUAUUUUUCUUGUAGUGACCGUUGAUAUUAUACGCAAUGUCUUGAAUUGUUAUAACCAAUUCACUGUUAGAGUAAAAUUACAGAAAUAAAAUAAGUAUCCUGUUGAUUCCAGUUAUGUUAGUUUAGCUGUUUUGUACAAAUAAGAUUAUUUAUAUUUUAGGCAAUCAAUUAUAAGGACAGUUUUGUAUGGAUUAUUUUCCUUCUCAAGGACAAAUUAUUGCACAAACCAUAAACUGCACAAAAAUGCCUUCAAUGAAUGUUUAAAAACGUUUUUCUAAACUUAACAAAUUGUCAGGAUUCUCACUGUUAAGGGUUUAGAUUUAGUGAGCACAUUUACUUCCUUUCAGAUAUUUUGCACUUAUAUAUUUUUAGAGUUUGAUAUAUUUAUAAUUAAAAUUUUGUUCCAAUUUUUUUAUUACUAUAGAUUAUAUUUAUUUGUCAGCAGUUCAUUGGCUAAUGAAUUUUUUAUUGUAAAAUAUGUUACUAUAGAAUUUAAAUAUAAGAUAAUGUUGCAUUGUUACUGUAGAGUUUAUAAUAGUUUGUUUAUUUUGUAAUUAAUUAAUGUUUUAGUAUAUUUGUUUAUAAUAGGGUUAAGUUUGUACAUAUAUAUGAUUUAAUCACCAUUGGAAUUAUUGUAUAUUUUGCAAUAACACGCCAAAGUUAGUAGUUUAAGUAAUUAUUUAUUACAGAACUGUUUUUACAAGUUCAUUACACAAUUUAUGUUGUUUUUUCAUUAAUGAUAUUAAAUCAAUGCUGUGUAAUAUCUUUCAUUGUAGAAGGCUUGUACAAAACAAGUGUAUCUGGUAAUAUUUGUUGUGCAAUGAUAUUAAACUACGUAAGAUCCUGAGAAUUUAGUAUCGGUGUUAAAAUUGGAGAAAUUUGAAGUAAAAGUCUCAUUCAUAUUUUAUUUAUUGGUCGAGCACAUUAGGAAGCCUAUCAUUCAAGGGGCUGGAAAAAUCCCAUUUCUGUCUGCCUGUCUAUCUUUUUAUCUUUCUAUUGUCUCUCUGUCUGUCCGUCCUCACAGUGUGUAAGAAACGAACUGACCUAUAGACUUGAAAUUUGGCUGAGCAUUAGCAAAUAUUUUUACAUUGGUCUUGUGGGUAACCAUGAUGGCAACGAGAAACUACCAGAAUACAUAAAUUUGUAAACGUGCUGGGUACAAACAAUACUAUGAGUUUUUAACAUUUAAAUUUAACACAUGUAGCUUAUCCAUACAGUAAAAA